CGAUGGUAUAGAGCGGCUCCCGAAAGCUAACAUGGCUCCAAUGCGGAACGAGCCGGCUCCGCCAAAACGGCCGGACGCGAGCGCUCGCUCGUCCCCCACCCGCGCGAGAGCAGCGUGCGCUCACGCCCCCGACGCCGUCCUGCCAGGUUGCUGGUAUAGUGUUCUGCCUGAUCAAUACGUCCGAGCAGUUGUGUUGGUGGUCCAAUUGGAGAUGUCGGAAACACAUGAGAAAAAUAAGCAAAUCGAAGAGGAAGAGGAGGUGGAAGAAGACGAGUAUGUCUUGCUCGAGUUGGAUCAUUGUCUUUAUUCAGACAUAUCGCCAGGUGCUCCGUUUGUACUCUCUGGUCUGGAUACACUGACUCCCACCCUGACAGUAGGUGAUGGUCUGAAGAUGAUUGGAGAAUACGAAGAAACCGUUGGCACAUGCUAUUUAUUCUCUGAAAGUGCUGAACCAAAACCUCCUAGUGAUGAGACCACACCUUCUGAUGUAACCACGGACAAACCAGCCAGCAGCAGCAAGGAAGCUCCGUCGAAGGAGGUGAAUCAUCUCGCCAGCGUUCAAAAGAUCCUCAAAUUUCGGCCAAUCAACGCAGAAGCAUCCACAGCACAGAGCAUAUCAGGAUAAGGACAAGGAAAUCUGAAACAAAAAACAUGUAGCUGCCAUUUUGUUCUUCAACGCCUUCAGUGUACAGUAAGGUGAUCAUUGACCCCCCCGAACUGGAUUGUACACUUGCUGAAUUCAUCUAGUGGACAGCAGCCACUUGAUCAAUAUAUUUGCGCUACCAUAUCGUUUUGUUGGUCCAUAUUGUUUCUCUCUAAUCACUCCUGUAUGUUAUCACAUAUGCAUUAUGGGAAAUAAAUGUCCAGCUCUCGAGAUCUGGGAGCUUGUAAACUCUACAA